AUGGUUUAUGAGAUUUUUACUCAAAUGGAGGAAUGUGAAUUUAAAGAGUAUUUUCGAGUAAAUCGUAACACAUUUAAUUUCCCAGUUAAUGAAUUGCAUCCACAUUUAGGCAAAACUACCACAACUAUGCGAGAACCUAUUUCAGUAGUAAAACGUGUUGCAGUUGCAUUACAUUAUCUAGCUUCAUGUGAAGAGUAUCGUGCUGUGUCUAGCCUUUUUGGCAUAGGAAAGUCAACAGCAAAUUUAAUUGUUCAUGAAUUUAUAAAUGCUGUUAAUGACAUUUUGCUCCCUAAAUAUGUUAAAUUUCCAUUGUCAGUGGAAAUUUUAAAUAAACAUAGUAUAGAUUUCGAAGCUAUUCUUGGUUUUCCACAAUGCGUUGGAGCUGUUGAUGGAUGCCACAUCCCUAUUUCAGCCCCUAAAGAUCAAGCAAUUUCUUAUUAUAAUUAUAAAGGGUGGUAUUCCAUUGUACUUUUUGCCGUUGUAGAUUGUCGAUACCGUUUCAUUUAUACAAGUGUUGGAUUGCCUGAGCUGGGCGAUUCUCUUGUUCCGCUAUGUUUGAUAGGUGAUUCAGCAUUUCCUUUAACGCGUCAUUUGUUAAAACCUUAUCCUGAAAAUUUGGAGCCUAGUGAAAUUCAAAAAAAUUUCAAUAAAAUACUUUGCGGAGCUAGAAGAGUUGAGAAUGCUUUUGGGUGCGUUAAAGCUCGAUUCCGUGUAAUUUGCAAACGUAUGGAAUGCGAUAUUAACUUUGCUACAAAAAUUGUUAAUGCUUGCGUCACUCUUCACAACAUUUGUGAAUAUUAUGACGAUAUUAUUAUAAUAGAAUGGCUUAUGCAUCAUCGUGAUGACAGUCUAGCUCAACCCAAUACAGUUUCUACAACUGGGAACAAUGGACCAGGAAAAAAUGUUCGUGACUCAAUUACUAAAUACCUUUAUGAAAGGGACAAGUAA